AUCUCCUCCUCUUCUUCUUCUUCUUCUUCCCCCACUCUUACCCAUCACUUUCCCCUGUCUUCUUUCCGACCACUUCAACUACUAGGUUGUUGAGAAUUUUCUAUCUCAUGACGGACUAUCGACUGCCGCCGUCCAUGAAUCUUUGGGCAGACGACAACGGAUCGGUCAUGGAGGCUUUCAUGAGCUCCGAUCUUACUGGUCUGUGGCCACCUUCACAGUCUUCUGCAUCCACCUCCACGCCCCCAAUACCCGACCCAUCUAAGGCCCUGGCCCAAUUGCAGCCGCAGGUCCCGCCUUUUAACCAGGAGACCCUCCAGCAGCGCCUUCAGGUUCUGAUUGAGGGCGCUCGUGAGAACUGGACCUACGCGAUUUUCUGGCAGUCGUCUUAUGAGUACCCUGGAGCUGCUGUUCUUGGGUGGGGAGAUGGGUAUUAUAAAGGGGAGGAAGAUAAAGGGAAACGGAAGUUGAAGACGUCAUCGUCAGCUGCCGAGCAGGAUCACCGUAAGAAAGUUCUCCGAGAGCUUAAUUCAUUGAUUUCUGGCCCUUCAGCCCCCACCGACGAUGCUGUCGACGAGGAGGUUACCGACACCGAGUGGUUCUUUCUUGUUUCUAUGACGCAGUCUUUCGUCAACGGAAGCGGGUUGCCUGGUGAGGCGUUCUUCAAUUCUAGCCCCGUAUGGGUCGCCGGGAUGGAGCGGUUGGCCUGUUCGUCGUGUGAGCGGGCUAGGCAAGGGCAGGUGUUCGGGCUGCAAACGAUGGUGUGCAUACCGUCGGCGAAUGGGGUUGUUGAAUUGGGGUCUACGGAGCUGAUCCUGCAGAGCUCUGAUCUGAUGAAUAAGGUUCGUGUGCUGUUUAAUUUCAAUAAUGGUAUGGAUGCCAGUAGGUGGUCGAUGAGCACGAAUCCGGAUCAGGGUGAAAACGAUCCUUCUUCCCUCUGGAUAAACGAUCCCACAAAUGGAAUUGAAAUCAAGGAGAACAAUAACAUUGGAAUUGUUGAUCAGAGAGAAAAUAAGUGGUAGCUUGAUUUGUAUAACUCAUUAAUAAGAUAUAAAAAAAAAAAAUCAAA